AUGUUCGAUUCAAGUAGACAGCUGAGAGCAAGUUAUAGACGAUACGCGAUCGACAAAUUGGACAUCAGAUCGAAAGCCGUGCAAAAGGGCGAGCAACUCGGCGAUGACAAACUUGAUUAUAGAAGCAUAUUGCCUGAAAUUUUACGAAACGAUGAUGCGAUAUUGGAUAAAGUGAAACGUUAUCUGCACAAGCACAUACUCUCCAUAAAGGGCAAACAACGACCACAAUUCAUAAUUCGUCACAAAGCGAAUGAAUUCGCUCAACUACGACGUCAAUAUCCGACGUCAAAGGAUUGUCCACGAGAACGUGUCAAGAUGAUCAUCAAUGAUGUUUACAAAGAACAACAAUGGGAUAAUCCACCACCUUCAGCCGAAGGCUUCAUCAGCUCAUUUUUGUACAACUAUUCUCUAGCAUUCAUCCGAACGUUGGCUGAAUCGCUUCCUGGUCAAGAAUUAACUGAAGAGAAGUGCAGCGAGGAAUCGUUGAACGAUGAGGAGAGUAUGAGUGAUAUAUCGUCGUCAGUAUCACAGUUAACAACACCAACACCCGAUCUGAAUGCCACCAACAAGACAUAUCCCAGACGUUCGGAACGUUUCUAUCGUAAGAGGACCACUGCUGAUGAUUCAACUAACGACAAUGAUACCACCAAUAAUAACGAUGAUACUAACAAUGAUAAUUCCGAUCCAUCAUCACCAGACAUCAAACGGAAACGAAUUCUUCAAGACGCAGAUGGAAAUGACAAGGAGAGUACUGUCACCGAAAAAGUUGAUGCUAAAACUGAAAAU